GCAUAAUCACUUUAAACUGAAGUUCACAUAAACAGCAAAUUGGGCAACUCAGAGAGAGACCAGAGAGAGUUGGAGGCUUGGAGCCCCCACACUAGAGGGCCAACUUCUCCAACGUCUCCCUUUCCACUUUACCUUCUUUCUCGUCUCUUCUUCUCUUCCUCCAGAAUCUUCCAUUUUCAGAUCCAGCUUCAGAAUUUACUAUCCGGGGUACCUUAAGCUUUACUUGUUUGUUCUUGUUGGAUCUAUUGAACUAAGCAGUUUAAGAAAAUUUAUCACCAUAUAUUCUAGAUGUUCCUUGUUACUGAAGGUGUAGUAGAAAGUGGGUGGCUAUUUCUUCAAUUUGAAUUUUGACCUUAAACAUAGUUUUAGUGCUGUGGUGGUUGAGAAUCUUCAAACAUUUUGAAUCCUAAUCCAGCUCACCAAUUGUUGGCAUUGUCCUUUAGUAAGUUAGGUAGAAAGCUUCUCAAAAAUUUUGACCCUGAAAAAGCUCAAGAAAAUUUGUCUCUCCUGUAGUUUUGCCUUAGUAUUGGGCCUGUAAUUCUGAGUUUUGAAAUGGCUGUUGGCCAAAACAGCAGCAAGAAUGGACCAUUAACUCAGCCAUGUCGUUGUUUUAAGGUGGCGAACUUAAAAGAAGCUAUAUUGGAUGCUAGUGAAACAUCCCAUUUAAGAGAUCUUUAUGUUUUAGGAGAUCAAUUAGGAUGGGGGCAAUUUGGUGUGAUUAGGGAGUGUGUGAAUAAGUUAACUGGGGAUGUAUUGGCUUGCAAGUCGAUUUCCAAAGAUAGAUUGGUAACACAAGAUGAUGUUCGAAGUGUGAAGCUUGAAAUUGAGAUUAUGAGCAAGCUGUCGGGUCAUCCUCAUGUGGUUGCUUUGAAAGCGGUUUAUGAGGAAGAAGCUUAUGUUCACUUAGUGAUGGAGCUUUGUGCUGGAGGUGAGUUGUUCCAUCGAUUAGAGAAACAAGGAAGGUAUCCGGAGGGUCAAGCCAAGGUUAUAUUCCGGCAUCUAAUGGAAGUUGUCCAAUAUUGCCAUGAUAAUGGUGUUGUUCACAGAGAUUUGAAGCCUGAGAAUAUUUUGUUGGCAACAAAGUCAUCUUCUUCACCAAUUAAGUUGGCUGACUUUGGCCUUGCCACAUAUAUCAAGCCAGGGCAAGAUUUACACGGGACAGUAGGGAGUCCAUUCUAUAUAGCUCCUGAAGUUUUGUCUGGAGGUUACACCGAAGCUGCUGAUGUGUGGAGUGCUGGUGUGAUUCUCUAUAUACUUUUGAGUGCUAUUCCCCCAUUUUGGGGGAAGACAAAGUCAAAAAUAUUUGAUUCAGUGCGAGCAGCUGAUCUGCGCUUCCCAUCUGAACCUUGGGAUCGGAUCUCAGAAUCUGCCAAGGAGCUGAUCAAGAAAAUGCUUUGCAAAAAUCCUUUGAAACGCUUGACAGCUGAGCAAGUUUUAGCUCACUCAUGGAUGGAAGAACAUGAUACAGCUCCUGAAGACACACAUGAGUAUGGUGUUUCCUGCUCUGAGCAUUUAAAAACUCGAGAUAACUCAAUUUCGGUUUCAUUUAUAGCCAGGGAUCAAGAUAUAAGCUUUGGCACGGGAUCUGCAGUAAACUGUGAACCGGAAUCACCAACAUUCUCAUGCGGAUCAUCUUUCUCAACAUUUAUGGUGGAGCCAUCCACACCUACCCUUGUAUCAAGUGGAUUUACAUUCCGAAGUAGCGGUGAUUUUAAGGCUCUUGAGUUUGUUUCUCCUAUUCCUUCCAUGCCUAGCUUCACGUUUUUCAGUGCUCACUCAAUAAAUGAGCAUGAGAAUCAAAAUGGGGGUCGUUCAAGCUACCGUGAAAGCACAGACAAAGUUCAUGCAGGAGAUAUGGAAAAACGGUUUGAAUCUCCGGAUUCCUCCCUUAGCUCAGGAACUGACGACGGAGAGCUAAAACAGAAUUCAGCAGACUCUAAGCAGAAUGAAGCAAUGGGUUUGAGGGUUCUGGGUAUCCACAACAAGAGGAAUAGAACGAUUGGGCUUGGCGAGUUCGAGCAGCUUGAUAUUGUGGUAACCGAGUCAGUAAUCAGAUGGGCGUCAUGCACUCACUUACCCACGACGUCAUCACUCAGACUGUCUCUUGUAUGCUGAUUAAUAUGUAUGAUGAUUGUAGCAUCAAAAAUGUAUUAAUCUGCUGUUACAAUGAAUCUGCAGAAAAAGCAGAUUCUUCUUUAAAAUGUGUAAAGCAUGGAUAUUGAAGGCACUCAUUUCGUCAUGCUUUUUGAUCUUA